UUGCAGUAUCAGGUCUCCAGGGCUGUAACUUUUAGGUGGGUGGUGAUGCCGGUGAAUGAUGCUGGAGGAGUAGGAGGGGAUGCUGACUGUUCCAGCCUCGCUUUAGGAGCUCCAAGCUGCCUGCCCCCCUUCUUCUCUCUGAUCUGGAGGAAUUGCUGGAUCCUGGAGGAGGAGCAUCGCCGGGGAUAGAGACUUCCAAGUACACAUACAGUCAGUAACAUUAUACACAGCUAUAGCAACUGUGUGCUGCAAAGUUCCAUCAUAUCUCCCGGGAUGGUCCCUUCCCUGAAGAGCGCUGUGUUGCUGCUUCCUGCACUAUGAGGAGGAUACAGGUUUUGGAACAUUUGGCACGCCUACACUAUUACUGAACCUGCCAGCAGUGGACCCUGACCAAUAUAGUAUUUGCUAUGGGAUGGACCAGGAAGAGGAGAACAAAUAUGUGUCCCAGCUUCAAGAGGUUUUCAACAGCUGUGACACCACGGGUACGGGGUUCCUGGACAAAGACGAGCUGACAGACCUCUGUCACAAGCUCCACCUAGAGGCACAGCUCCCCCUACUACUGCAGACCCUUCUCGGAAAUGAUCUCUUUGCUAGGGUUAAUUUUGCAGAGUUUAAAGAAGGAUUUGUUGCCGUGCUGUCAUCGACUAUUGAUAUCAGCCUAUCCGAUGAUGAUGAAAGUAGCUAUUUAGAGCCAGUGAUCCCAGAUGAGGUAAAACCAAAGUUUACAAAAGGUACCAAGCGAUAUGGCCGACGCACACAACCUGAACGCGAGGCUGCUGAAAAUGAGGCCAACAAAUAUCUGCAGGAGCAGCACCAUGUAAAGAGUCAGAGAAAGUGUCCGCUAAGAAGGUCCUCCUCGCUGGAGAGUGUGGAGAGUCUGAAGUCAGAAGAAGAAGCAGAACUAGCUAAGGAGGCUCAGAUUGAAAACUUUGAAGCACAAGGACAGUUGAGGACAUGGAACCAAGGGAUUUUUGAAAGUCCAAGAAGAAUUUCAAACUCUGACAUGACUGAAAAUCAGGUGCGGGACAUCUGGGAGGAGUUGGGCAUAGGUCACAAUGGAUAUCUGAAUCGGCAGGAGCUUGCCACUGUAUGUACCAACAUUGGGCUUGAAGAUCUCAGUAAAGAGGAACUUGAUGAUUUGUUCAAUAAGCUGGACCGAGAUGGAGAUGGCAGAGUGAGUUUCCAGGAGUUCCAGGUUGGUUUGUUUAGCCAUGCACCUUUGCCUAUUUCCUCCACACCACUGCGGCAAAGGCAUCCAUGGACAUUUUACCAGCUGCUAGAGGAGAACAGCCAUAAGACAGCCACUCCUUCUCUUCUUUCUGGCUAUGGACCCUUCCAUCUUUUCUCCAGCAUUGAUGAUGGGUCUGGUUUUGGGAACCCAGAACAGGUUAUGAUCAUCUGGGAAGAGCAAGGGAUUGAAGACUGUAGAGAGAUAUUAAUGAGCCUGGAUUUUAAUGUGGAAGAACAAGUGAACCUCCUGGAGCUCACCACUGCUUUAGACAAUGAGAUAAUUUCAACAAAGAACAGAAUGCACAUUGCGGCAUUGACAUCUUAUAAACAUGAACUACAUCACCAGCACAGCCAACUUGAGCAAGUCACUAAGGAGAGAGACAAAAUCAAACAGAACCUGGACAGAGCAGAAAAAAGGAACCUACAGCUGGCUGAUGAGGUGGAUGACCAUAACUCUGUCAUGGAGAGUCUCAACGAGAGCAAAAUCAAGGAUUUGGAGCAGGAAUACAAACAGAAUCUGUCAAUGAUUCGCUUAGAGCUGGAAAGCGAGAAGGAACAGUUCCUGCAACAGACCGACCAACAAAAGAAGAAACUGGAGACUGAUCUGACUAAUUUACAGAUGGAAGAGGCUUUUCUGAGAGACAAACUGAACUUAUCUUUAAAGGAAAACGGCAGGUUGCAAAAGGAAAUGGUUGAGGUAGUUGGAAAGCUUUCUGAAUCAGAAAGUCUGGUGUCAAAGCUACAAACCAGCAUAGAUCACAUGCUGCAACAAAAGAAACUGGCUGAUCCUCAUAGUGCAGAGCUGCUCACGCAGGAGGAGGCCUUUGCAGAAAUCAUCCGACAGUAUGAAGUGCAGUGCAGGGAACUGCGCGAUCGGAACGAUGAACUGCAGAUUCAGCUGGAAACUCUGCGAUCCCAGCUCAACGAGAGCAAAUAUUCACGUUUGUUGGCCAAGAUGAAAGACAACAAGCUUCUACACCACAAAGCAAAAGAAAAGAUCCAUCACAACCGUAGUAAUUCUGCAGAUACACCUGCCAAGAAAGGAUUCCCUUCAAGGCUAAGAAGAAGCAUGUCCGCUGCAGGUUCCAGCGGGCUGCCGGUUGUGACAUCUGAAACUUCUCCUAUGACCAUGGAAGCUGAGCUGACCAAGCAUCAAGUCAAAGAACUACAGCAAGAAAUCCAAGACCUCAAAAUACUACUUGAAACAAAGGUAAACUAUUAUGAGAGGGAGAUAGAACUGAUGAAAGCUAACUUUGAAAAAGAAAGAAAAGACACGGAACACAGCUUCAAGUUGGAAAUCAGUGAGCUAGAGGAGCAGAAGACUGAUGUGGAGGAGCUCAAUGCCAAAUAUCAGGAGGUUAUAGAUGGUUUGAAAGAACAGCUCCCAAAUUCUGCUCAGAUCCAUGAAAUAGAGAGGAAGUUUGAGAAAGAGCGCACUGCAAUGGAAGAGUAUUAUGCUAAAGAAAUCUCUGCACUGGGACAGCGCCUGUCCAGCGAGAAGGAACAACUGGAAGAGGAGCUAAAGAGGACACACCAGCAUGAACUUCUCUCAGUGAGGGAAGAGUCAGAGGAAAAAUUUGCUGAGAAACUGGCAGAGAUUGAAGCACAGUAUACUGAGUAUUGCCAGAGUGUGAUGCAGCAACACCUCGAUGAAAAGAACAAGCUCUUGCAGAAGUAUGAAUUGGAAAAGAAGACUCUGCUGGAAGAUCACACUCAUGAGAUAAAGCAAUGGGAAGAAAAAGAAAAGGCAGUAAUGAUGAAGUGGAAAAAAGAUCAGCUAAAAAUGAUAGAAAAACAAAAUGAAGAGCAAGUUAGUAUCUGUAAAUCAUUUGCCAUUGAGAAAGAAAGACUAGAAAGCCACUAUAGAGAUCACAUUAAUAGACUCAGCCAGGAAGUUGAUGGUUUGAUGGCCAAAAACUCUUGGAUCCUUGAGCGAGAAGAGCAACGGUCCGUAGACAAAAGACUGUGUGACUGCUGUGUAGAGGGAAAUGUAGCUGAUCUAGAUCAGCAGCCGCUGUCACUGGACAAGACGGCAGGUACACAACUACAAAUUGUAUGUGAUGUGCAGACUCAUUCAAAUACACCGGUGGUGGACAUUAAAGAUGGUGUAAUACAGACCGAAAAAGUCAUAGACAAGCACAAAAUGCAGCCCGACACCCAAAAUGCCCAGAAUAAGCAGGUUACAUUUUCUUUUGAGUGGGCGGAAGUAGGUCAGUCUUUGAAAGAAGCAGAGGAGAGUGCAUUGAUAAAGCUAGAAGAGAUGGAGGGCUUCGUAGCCUCUCUGAGAGCACAGCUGCAGGAAGAAACAAAGGCAAGAGAAACCCUUGUGAAGCAUCAGAAAGGACUGGAAGAAGAACAAGCACAUUUAAUCAGCCAGUUGAAAACCAGAGAAAAUGAAUGCCUAAUUUCAGAGACCAAGGCAAAAGAACUUAUGUUUCAAUUGCAGGAAAGCUGUGAAAAGCAGCCAGAUCGGACUGAGGAUGGCACACUUGAAAAUAUGUAUAGGUCUCUGAUUCAGAAUAAGGACGUGGGAGAUCUUGUAGCCAAUAAGACUCCAUUUUGGUGGCUUAGGAGCAAAGACUGUGAGCAGCCUGACCUGCAGGGGCAGGAGGGAGUAGCUAUGAGUCAGUGCCUGCAGAUGAUGGAAGAAUGGGUAACCAAACAAGUCCAGGAAGCCAAGGAUGAGCUGGAGAGAGAGAAGAGCUGUGUGAAAGACCAGCUUUUCCAGCUAGAGGACUUGGUACGGAGACUAGAACAAGACACUGCAGGAAGUCAGGAUCACAGGAUGGAGCUAAGUAGAUUGUCUGAAGAUAACCUCUUCCUUAGGAACAAGGUUGAAAGACUCCAGCAAGAAGUUUUAAGCUUGGAAGAUGCAAAUAAGACGUACAGAGGUCAGGUGGAGGAAUUAAAGAAAGAAGCUGAUGUGACACACAGUAAAUUGGAAGAGCUAAGCCAGCAGCACCAUGAAUGCCAGGGUGAGUUGUCCAGGCUAAAUACACAGCACAAAGAAACAAUACAGCAAUUAAACAGCAAACUGGAAGAGCUCACAGAGCAAAAAGACGAAGCAAGCAAUGCUCUGGUGAAACUGCAGGAAACUAUUAAUGACCUGAAUAAUGAGAAGCUUCAGCAACAGUCAGACUGGCAAAGGGAGCGACAGCAACUGGGGCAGGAACUGCGGUUGUCCAAACAAGAGAAUGAGAAAUCCUGGGAUGAGUUAUGCCAGCUGAAUGCACAGAGCCUCCAGCUGACCAGAACCAUAUCAGACCUAACCGCUGAGAAAGACGGGAAUUAUGAGAGACUGCAGGAGCUGAAUGUCAGGCUGAAGGAGUUGGCUGAAGAAAGGCAUGAAGCAGUAACUUCUAUAGAGCAACUACAGGGACAACUCCAAAGCCUGGAGGCAGAGAGGCGGCAGGACCAGGCUGGGUGGCAUCAAGAGAGAGAACAGCUGGAAACUGAGCUGCAAAUAUCAAAACAGGAGAAUAAUAAAGUCCGUAAUGAAUUCUGGCAGCAGAAAUGCAUGGUGUCUGAUAUAAAGGCACAGAACGAAGGUGACCAGGAGACCAUUCAGCAGUUAGACAGCAGGCUGCAAGUAGUGACCGAGCAGAAAGAAGAGAUCACAGCAACGAUGAAGAAAUUCCAGGAGCAGCUGAGUGCUAUGGAGAGAGAGAAGGAGCGACAGCAGACUGACUGGCAACAAAAGAAAGAACAGCUAGAAGAAGAAGUGCAAGUACUUAAAGAUAAGAUUCAAGCUCUGAUGGUCAAACACAAGCAGGAAAACCAAGCCCUUCUAAAUGGAUUGGAUGAAACAAACAGACAGCUGUUGGUACUAACGAAGCUUCAAGACGAAGUUUCAGCAUUAAGGCAAGCUAAGCAAUCUCUAGAGGACCAAUGUCAGUCUAUUACCAAGCUACUUCAAGAAGCCACUGACCAGGUGAGUCAAAUAGGAGAAUUGAAGAGAGACUUGGAGCAAGCUCAGGCAGAAUGCUGUGGUUUGAAGAGGAUCGAGGAUCAGCUUAGAUCGGAACUGGAGGAAUCACAGGAUCAGCUACUAGAAGCCAAUACCAGGCUGACGCUUGUACAAUCACAGCAUGUGCGAGAGGUCCAGCAGCUGAAGGAGAAGAUGGACAGUACGGUGCCUAAGGAGCAGGCAUCUCACUUACACAACAGACUCAUUGAAGAACAGGAGAAAGUCCAACAACUACAUGAGAAACUGAGGUUUCAUGCUGAGCAGACCAACCGGCAACUGGCCAUGCAACGGGAGGAGCAUGAGAAGCUCCUGCGGAGGAUGGAAGAACGAAUGCAAGAUGUGGAAAUGAAUCUGAAGAAUGUACGGGUGAUGCUGCAGGAGAAAGUGGAUCAGUUAAAGGAGCAGCUGGAGAAGAAUAUGAAAUCGGACCUGCUCCUGAAAGACCUGUAUGUGGAAAACGCCCAGCUGAUGAAAGCUCUGCAGGUGACAGAGCAGCGCCAGAAAAGUGCCGAGAAGAAGAACUACCUCCUGGAGGACAAGAUUGCUGCACUCAACAAAGUGAUCAGGAAGAUUGCGCCGGCCUCUCUGGCUGUCUAAUUCUGUCUCUGCACUGAGCACUGGGACUGCUGGUCUUUGUUCCUUCAGAAAAGCUCUAACUGCAAUCUUCCACUUCCUUCGAGCAACAUAAUAAUGCACUCUACACAGCACAUACAUUCAGCUCUGUAAAGGUGUCAAAUAUAUAGGAAACAAUGAAGAAAUCGUAAGACUAUCACAUGUAACGCAAACACAAUCACUUAAUGGGAUCCAUCUAAAAUGUAAUUAUGAACUACCCUAUGGCUUUAUAUAGUGACAUAGUACAUCUCACCCCAUUGAAAUAACCCACAACCAGUAGCCAGACCAGGGCCUCUUUCCUCUCUCUGCCUUUAGGCUGCAGGUUGCUUUGCUGAUGUGAUAAAUGUGACCUGCUCAUUCAUCCACUUGUAGUUCAGCCUGGAUCUACCUGUGCUUGGAAACGGACUCUGGGUGUGAAGAGUGACAGUCCUUUUAACGGACGGCAGAGGAAAUCUCUGGGCAGUUUUCCUACUUUACAAGCAUACAGUCCAUUCUCUGCAGUGUGCUGCCACAAUGGGGUCGUCUUCAGUUUGCCGGCUGUCGGGAUCCCGGCGCACAACAAUGUACAGCUGCACGUGUUACUGCUUAUUACAAUGUGGAAUCUUAGCACCUCUAUGGGCUGCCAGGAAAAAUGAGCAGAGAUACGUUACCACAAAACGCAUUCCUGGCUAUUCGUGAAGGGCUUGGCAGAGAAUUCUAUCACCCCCUAGAGAUUUGUCCUGUCCACUCUGCCACUGAGACUGAGAAAGGACUGGUACACAUUAUGUAGGUGUCUGGCUUCUCCAUUGCCCAGGUUCCAACCAUAUUGGUUGUUGAGGUCCUUACUGAUUUUUGACUGCUGCAUCAAACUACAUUUUUUAUUAUUAUAAUUUAAACAGCAGCUCGUGCACAUCUGAUGUAGUGUGACUGUUCUGUACCACAUUUAACUUAUUACAGCUUUUGUAUUACCCAAUAUCACAUAAUCUGAAAGGAUGAUUCUAGGGCGUAGCUAUUGUUUACUAUUGAUGAGGAAAGAAUCUGAAGAAUAAUGGAAUUUGUGUAAGUAGUAAUAAUGAAAGUGAGAAUUUAUAUCCUUGGUGACCUGUAGCUGGGGUGAGACAGGGUUGGGAUGGUUUUGUUGUGUCCUGUUUGGCUCUGCAUCUACAUCUUCUUACUAAGGCAGAUUGUAUUGCUCUAAAUCAGUGCAAUUCCCAUAUGGCACCCAUCCAGUUAGUGUCUACAUUAGGUACAUACAGUCUCAUCUUACUAGGAAAAGGACAUACUGUAAAUUGCAUAUUUUGCACAUUUGUUUUUCUUUAUGUAUCCAUUACAACACAUGCGCUAAUUCAGUGGUUCCUAAACUGGGUGCCCCGGGUCACUUGCAGGGGUGCCCUGGGUUGGUGGCCCAGGGCCAAUUCAAAUUAUUUAUGGACAAUGUGAUAUGCAAAACCAGUGCUGGUGGCAAACAGAAGCGAAUCCUGCCCCUCACUGCAUCACUAAACCUAAAAAAAAAAUUAAUUUAAUAUAUUUUUUGAAUUUCUCAACAAAAAAUUUGGGCUUGGGGGGUGUGUGAAAACAAUUCAGAUACUCUAGGGUGCGGGAAUUGAAAAAGUUUGGGAACCACUGAUCUAAGUGUACCUAUUGGCUGUACACAUUAGAGGCUGGCAUUUCACAGGCAUAACAGUAUUCAUCAUGAACUAGUAAUGGUUCUGUUCUGUCACUAGUUAUUUAUGAUGUUAUCCUUCCACUAUCACUACUGUAUUACCUGAGCAGAGAUCUGCAGGAGCAAAUGUUUAUUUGCAGCUGUACAUAUCACUACCUAAGUGUCACUCCAAUAGGAAUGACGGUCUUAAUAUGGGUACUACUUUAUCCCACACAAAUGCUACCUCAGCAGUGGGGAGUCGUGUUCACUUCACGCUCUGGUGUAAAAAUAGAAAACACAUCCAACAAUACUGCACAUGGGUCCCAAACGCCCACAGAUUGAACAAGAAACCUAAAAGCCAAAAAAUAUAAGACUAAUGACUGUUCCAACAGGAAAAUGAUCUACUAGUUUAGCGAACGAAGACCGAUCCCCUGUGGAAUAUUGUAUCCCUUAUAUUGCUAUUUGCCGUAGUGGAUUUUUUUACUUUUACAUUCCUUAUUGUUGCACUGAUAGAGGCAAUACGCCAGGAAUAGGCCCAUUUACAUUUUAUCACCCCUCAUACUGUAACCUGUUAUCCAAGCCUUGAGACUGCAGGUAUCAGCCAAUGUGCCUGGUAAAAAUGUUGCUUAAAUAGUGGAUGUCUUGGUUAUAGCUUUUAAUGAAACAUACUGUAGCUAGCAGUUGGCUUUCAAUGCAAGCUAGACUAUGAACGCAAGUGUCUGAUUGGCUGCUGUGAUACCACUAUUUGAUUUUGUUUCAAAAUCUGCAUUGUAAGUAAGUAUAUACAUUUCAUAAGUGGUUAGGCUAAAUGAGUUGUUUCAGCUCCAAAGUCAACUUCUGUAGCUACUGUAUACCCGCAGAGCAAAUGUCCUUCCAUGCAUAUAGCAGCCUUUCUGUGCCUCUGUACGAAGCAUUUGUAGAAAACCGUAAAUAUACCAGCCCAUUUCUUUCAAAAUACAUAUUUUGCCUUUCAAUAAAAUAAUUUCACAUGCUGUUAACAAACAUAUUUUGGAAUAUCACAGAAUUAUAGGACAGAGCUAACAUUAUUGCUUCUGGUGCAAAAAGAACUAUCAAAAGUUUAGGUCUAAUUACUGUAAAUGAGUUAAGCUAGAUACAUACUAUACAAUUAUCCGGCCAGCUAUCGGGAUAUCGGCCUGUGUAGUGUUCUGGCCCAACCCAGAUAAAACUUUUUAAUAAACGCUCAGAAAUUUCGGUUUUGAUUAUCUAGACGUUCAGACUUUUCAGAAGAUAUCAGCCAAGAGGUCCCAAUAUUGCGUAGGGUGUGGAAUUCCUCGAUAAUCAGACCAUAUGUUCUAAAUCGCUGUAGUAUGUAACUAACUUUACAUGUAGCUCAUAUACACAAACGUUUCCAUACAUUACAAUGUACAAAUAUGGGGAGAAUAAAGCCUGAGACAAAUGUAUCCAGUGUACCCUGCCCUCACCCUUAUACACUUCUAAAAGUGACUUUCUUUUUUUUUUAUGAAUGAAAUUGCAUUUCAUAUAAAAAGUCUAAAAUGUCAGGUUGUAUAGACUCAGAGUGUGAAGGUCAAUGUUAAUUACAAUGUUUAUACUCUUCCACAAUCCAGUGUACAUCUUGUUUCUUCUAAAAUAUGUAUAGUUUUGUAUAUGAAAUGUGUGUAUAUUUAUACAGCACAGAUACCAAAAAAUAGUGGACCUGUACAUUUUUUACAUUCCUGUCAAUGAAAAAAAAUGACAAUUAAAUUAAUGAACAUAAA